AUGAAAGGAAAGAAAGUGUUAGAUGAUGAUGAGGAAUUUUUAAGAUCAAAAUCAUAGAUAGUAAUAUUAUAAUAUAAAAUAUAGGAUGUAUUUCCAAAGUGGUAAGAAUUGAAACCAUUAGGUAAAAAUAUACAUAGAAGAUCUUAUCAUUCAUGUGUAGCUCAUGAAAAUUAGUAAAGAUUAAAUAUAUAUUGUUAAGUCUUUAUGUAUAUGGAGGAUACGAAACAAAUGAUGGAAUUUUGAGUGAUUUUUGUAGAAUUCCAUCACCUGUUUCACAAAAGCCUUUUUGUUGGUCAACCUUAACUAAGAAAGCCCCUGCUGAUAAAUAAUAAGAUUUAAUUCCAGGACCAUUAAGAAACCAUACAGCAAUAGUUCAUUAGAAUAAAAUGUAUAUGUUUGGAGGAAAAGAAAACUUGAUGUCUCCGACUAGCAAAUUAUGGAUAUAUGAUUUUUAAUAAGAAGUUUUUAUUGAUGGAAAGGAAUGUAUAAUUGAAGGUAAGAAAAUGGCAGUGGAAGGGCAUUCAAGUUGUUUAUGGAACGAACAGGUAGAAAUGCAAAUAAUAAUAUUAGUAAUAAAUGGUUGUCUUUGGAGGAUUUUACAGUGACACUGGAUAUAGAUCAUCAAUAUUAUGUUAUGAUUUAUAGAAGGAAGAUUGGACAAUGAUAUUUAAAGGAGAUAAUAAUGCAGCACAAUUUCCAAAAGGAAGAGCAGAAGCAGGAGUUACAUUAAUUGGAAAUACAUUAUAUGUAUAUGGGGGAUGCAAUUAUGAAUCAAGAUUUGGAGAUUUUUGGAAAUUUGAUUUGGAAAAUAGAUAGUGGGGAUUAAUAGUAACAGAAAAAUCUCCAGGAGUAAAUAAUUUUAGUUAUUAUUUUAUAGACAAGAUCAUCUACUUCUUUAUUAAUUCAUCCUUAAGGGAUUAUGUUAUUUGGAGGAAUUCAUGAUAUAACUCAUGAGAAGAAUGAUUUGUGGUUAUACAGAGGGAAUGAAUGGAUAUAAUUGGAAGAAGAUACUAGUAGAAGACAAGUGGCAGAUGAAAUGCUUAAUGAUUCUGCUUUUGACAAAGCAAGUUAAGCAAGACCAUAAAAGAAAGAGAAAGGUAGAAAUGAACCUAGAUCCUUUUUAUUAUUGGAUGAUGAGCCAAAAAAUUCUAUUCAUUAAAGAAGAAAUUCUGUUAAAAAUCUUGAUUAAAAGUAACCUACUGACACAGUCAAUAAUUUCUAAUUAAAUAGUAUGGAUGAAUAGAAAAAGAAAAGAAUGCAAUAAAAGAAAAAUUAAAUGCUGUAUCAUUAUAAAUAUUAUGAAAAGGGCUGAAUUUGAAUUGAAUGAAGAAGAAAAAUCAAAAUAUAGAAGUUCUUCACCAACUACUGAUUAGAUCAAAAAUUCAAUAAGUGUGAUCACUAAUUAAGAAAAAUAAGGAGGGUAAAGAAAGAUACAAUCACCAACAGGAAAAAAGAAUGCAAUUUAAGCAUCUCUUAAUGGAAAGAAACCAUGUGCAAGAGAUGGUCAUAGUGCUAUUGUAAUGGGUGACAUAAUGAUAGUAUUUGGUGGAGACAGAAAUUUGAUGUCAUUCAAUGACAUCUAUAUGUACUCGUUCAAUUAAAAAUGA